CGCACAGCCCGUCGUUCUGCUUCAACAUGGCCGGGCGGCGCGCGCAGGGGGCUCCCGAGACGACCUGGAAGGCGCCGGGAAGCUCAGCGGAAAAUCCCGGAAGACUGGGAGGAUCCGCCAGUCCGAUGCGCUGCGGUUUAGGUGAGGAAGAUGGCGUGGUGGAGUCUGUAGCGGCAGCGGCGGCGGAGCGCACGGAGAGGCUGAACAGCGAGCGCGGCACACGGCCGACCACCGCGGACCACCCGACGACGCGAGGUCAUGGCAUCAGUACGAGGUCUCUACUUCUUGGCCACCCUGUUCCUGGGCAGCUUUUUUGGCAGUGUCUUUAUGCUGGGCCCCUUCCUGCCCUUGAUGUUCUUCUCCCCAGCCUGGUACCGCUGGCUCACAGACCGCAUUGUUGCCACAUGGCUCACUCUGCCCGUGGCUCUCCUGGAAAUGGUCUUUGGGGCAAAGGUGGUGAUCACGGGUGACGGCUUCAUCCCCGGCGAGCGCAGCGUCAUCAUCAUGAACCACCGCACCCGCCUGGACUGGAUGUUCUUGUGGAACUGCCUUCUGCGCUACAGCUACCUGCGACUGGAGAAGAUCUGCCUGAAGGCCCCCCUGAAGGCCGUGCCCGGCUUCGGGUGGGCCAUGCAAGUCGCAGCCUUCAUUUUCAUCCAGAGGAGGUGGGAGGAGGACCGUCACCACAUGGAGGCCAUGCUGGACUACUUCUGUGACAUCCGUGAGCCCCUGCAGCUGCUGCUCUUUCCAGAAGGAACUGACCUCACGCCCAACACUCAGGCCCGCAGUGACGAGUUUGCGGAGAAGAACGGCCUGCAGAGGUACGAGUAUGUCCUUCAUCCCCGGACCACCGGCUUCACCUUCAUCGUCGAGCGGCUGCGCAGAGGUGACAAUCUGGACGCCAUCCACGACAUCACGGUGGCAUACCCGCAGAACAUCCCGCAGACGGAGCGCCACCUCCUGACCGGCCACUUCCCGAGGGAGAUCCACUUCCACGUGCGCCGCUACCCUGUGGCCUCGCUGCCCGGCGGCCCCGAAGAGCUGCAGCGCUGGUGCCAGGAGCGCUGGCGCGAGAAGGAGCGCCGCCUGCAGGAGUUCUACACGGGCGAGCGCCGCUUCGACAGCACGGGCCGCAGCCGCAUCCCCCCCUGCAAGUCGGAGCUGCGCGUGCUGCUCAUCAAGGUGGCCUCGCUGCUCUACUGGAGCGCCUUCAUCGCGCUCUCCUUCGCCGGCCUCUACUGGAGCGCCGCCCUGCGCUGCUACUGCGCCGCCCUCGUGCUCUUCUUCGUCGGCCAGCAGAGGCUCUGGGGCGGCCUGGAGCUGCUCGAGCUCUCGUGCCAUCGCCACCUGCGGAGUAAGGCCGCCUCGGCCAAGAGCGAGUGAGCGAGCGAGAGCGGCGGUGUGAGCGCGCGCGCGCGCCGGAGACUGGGCAGGGCGGGGCAGGGGGCGCGCUCUUCAUUUUCUUUUUACGCUUGUUUGGGACAGACAGAGGCGCCCGGGCACGGCUGGCUUCACUCGGUGCUGAGGGAGAGCAGCGGGCACGGUGAACCCUGCGCUGCCCGCCACAUCGUGUGCCAGGGGCAGAAUGGGCACACAAUGGGCUUGACUGGUAGGAAAAGGCUGCAGGCUUCACAUCGGCUGGGUGCGCAGCUGCCCACACUUGUCAUUGGUGUGGAGUUAAGAUGGCAGAGGCUUUCGUUUCACGUACUUUCUUGUAUUCCCCAUGUGCCGUCGAUGGCACUAAGCCCCCAUGCCAAUUGACUUCACUUGGUCCGGUGAUUUUUGGCCUUCGCCUUUUUCUACCACCUGGCUCAUUGCGGUGCCAGGCAGACUCAGCCUGUGUUAUACGUGCCGCACGGUGGGCAAUGAUGCCCCAGGUUUCUUACCUGUAAUGCCUAGUAAAAUUCGCAACCGAAUGAAUGCCCAGCUCAACUCUAAACUGGAUUAAGCAGGUCUGAAGAUGGGUGGCAACAGUUUGGUCAGAGGGGAGGAUCGUAGAGGUAGGCAGAGGGGCAAGGCCGUAGGCACAGAGCAUGGCACCUUCAUUCUAUACACAAAAGGUGAAGAGCUGUCGCCUGGCAUAUCUAGGAAUAAGGGGCCAGGGUGGGCAUCUUGCCAAGUCUGGUGCCCUGGCUCGGACGCCUCUGUCCAGUAAGCAGUGGGGCCAUAGUGCCCACUUCGCCCACUGACUCUUGUUCUGGACUUUUCAAUUAGCAGCUCAGUUGUGCCCAGUGACGAGGCGGCCACCAUCAUGGACUAAAUGAAGAGGCCCGGCAUGGCACGCCUGGGCACGCGCAUCAUGUGACUUAAAGCGGCUGGCUGCUCAGUUGUUUGUGUAGCCCCCCUGGUGACGCCUGUCUGUAUCCCUUUGUCGCCCUCUGGUGUCCUAAAUAAUAACUUACUUAUUUUCUCA